GAUAACGUUCCAACCGAAACAUUCGUCAAGAUGGACCCAUCGACUCCGGAAUUUGACCGGCUCCGCUUUUUUCCGCUCUCGCGGUUUUUCCGGGAAAGGCCGGGAAAAGGCGGAACCGGUCGGACGAGUGUUUCUAAUCCGCUCGCCUUUCACUCGCGAUCUCGUUUGGCAGCAAACCCGAUCGAUUUCGCAACCCCUGCAGCGCUGUCGACCCCCUGCAAACCAGCGCUUAUCGCGAGCGCAACGUCAGCUGUUUGUCCGUUGAACAUCUUGCGUUAUCGCGAACGCACAAGACCCCCCGCGUUAUCAAGGAUUACACAAGCCUCUCGCAGCGGGAAUCCUCCGCCGAGAUUCGCGGUAAGUUGACGGCAUGCGGUAGCACGACAACCUCAGAUCGUCGUGUGAAACUCACGAAGCAACAGCGGCCGACAAUGUUCUCCUGGAGGAACGUUCUCUCCGUCGUCUCGCAGAAGUUCGCGAGGAAGUUACAUCUCUCGAAAAUCCGACAAGAAGCUGUGAUAAUAGACGGAACGAAAAUAGCAGAGGAAAUUCAAGAGGAAUUAAAGACAGUUGUAGAUACUUGUACAAAUGCCGGGAAGAAGAGGCCAAAGCUAGUGGCGAUAUUGGUGGGAAAUCAUCCAUCCAGUAAAGCAUACGUUGGUAGGAAAAUGAAGGCGGCAAAGUUGAUAGGAAUCGAGAGUUAUACUAUUCAUUUGGGAGAAAAUAUAACGCAGGCAGAGCUUCUUAACGAAAUCGACAGUCUCAACAGAGAUCCAUCAGUCGAUGGUGUCUUGGUACAAUUACCAUUACCUAAGGGCAUGAAUGAAAGAGAAGUAUGCCAAGCAAUAAUUCCCAAGAAAGAUGUGGAUGGCUUCCACUUAGAGAAUCUCGGUAAUCUGACCCUCGAUAACAGCAGUAUUGUACCAGCCACUGCUCUAGCCGUGAAGGAAUUAGUACUCAGAACUAAAAUCGAGACCUUUGGGAAGAAUGCCGUGGUUGUGGGUAGAUCGAAGCAUGUCGGGCUGCCUAUCGCAUUGUUACUUCAUGCCGAUGGCAAAGGUGAAACAGGUGCGAUGGAUAUGACAACGACAAUCUGCCAUCGUCACACGCCUCACACAGAGUUAGAAAAAUAUACGAAAUUGGCGGAUUUGGUAGUAGUGGCGGCCGGGGUUCCUGGCUUGAUCACCAAGGACAUGAUAAAGCCGGGUGCUUGCGUAAUCGAUGUGGGUAUCACCAGAAUGAAGACAGCAGACGGCAAGUAUCGUUUGGUGGGAGAUGUGGAUUACGACAGCGUGAAGGAGGUCGCCGGGUACAUCACACCGGUUCCCGGUGGUGUCGGUCCCAUGACGGUGGCGAUGCUGAUGAAAAACACAGUCACGGCCGCUAUGAGAAAUCAAGAAGACAUAAAACAGUCCGAUCAAUUGGAAGACAGCGAGGCAUUUGUAUAUUGACGCAUGAUAAUAGAAUAUGUUAUUUGAAAUG